AUGAGUGACGAAUUGCAGAAUUACCAGCUGCAAUUGCAGCAAGUCGAAGCAGCUUUGCUGACAGACCCAGACAACCAAGAGCUGCAGAAACUCAAGGUGGACUUGGAGGAGGUUAUCGAGCUGACUUUGGAUCUCAAAAACAAAGCAGAAGAAGAAUCCCUGCUCGCCGUUGAGGAAUUCGUCGCGAAAAACAAGUCAAAAAAGAUGUGGAGGGUUGGUGAUACUUGCAUGGCAAAAUGGAGCGACAACGGACAGUACUAUGAGGCCAGGAUAGACGCAAUCAACCCAGAUGGACAGGUAAAUGUAACGUUUGAGGCGUACAAAAACCGAGGCAUCACUACUCUUAGCGAAUUGCGUGAAUUCACAGGUCAGAAGCGAGUUCUUACAGAGGCAGAAAAAAUGAAGAAAGCCAGGCUGCAUGAUAAGGAAUACUUGAAGAAGAAGAAGCUCAAAAAACAGCAAAGAUAUAAGGAGUUAGAGGAAGAGAGGGAACAAGACAAGAAAAAGUGGUUAGCCUUUGCAAAUAAGGCAAUUAAAAAUAAGAAGACUGGGUUGAAAACAAAGAGUAUCUUUGCUUCACCUGAUUCUGUGACUGGCAGGGUUGGAAUUGGUACAUGUGGAAUAAGUGGGAAACCAAUGACAGAGUUUACUACUGCUGAAAAAUGGAGGAAAGGAGUGUAA